GCGAGCCUGUGGAGAGGCCGGCGCCGCGCGGGCCUGAGGCGGCCCGGCCGAGACCCCUGGUGCUGCGCCAUGCCGAUCGUGGAGAAGCUGAAGGAAGCCCUGAAGCCCGGGCGCAGGGACGCGGCCGACGAUGGGGACCUGGGGAAGCUCCUGGCGUCCUCCGCCAAGAGGGUCCUCUUGCAGAGGAUCGAGUUCGAGCCCGCCCGCAGGAGCCUCUCCUUCCAGCUGGACGCCCUGAAGAGCAAAUAUGUGCUGCUGAACCCCAGGACAGAGGGGGCCGGCCGCCCCCGCAGUGCCGAGGCGCCCCCGGCCAGGAGACCGGGCAGCGAGAAUGCACUGGAGGGGGCCAGUGACGGGGUCCCAGCCCCCCAGAAAGUGCUCUUCCCCACGGAGCGGUUGUCCCUGAGCUGGGAGCGCGUCUUCCGCGUGGGUGCAGGGCUGCACAACCUGGGCAACACCUGCUUCCUGAACUCCACCGUGCAGUGCUUGACCUACACGCCACCGCUGGCCAACUACCUGCUCUCCCAGGAGCACGCACGCAACUGCCACCAGGGGGGCUUCUGUAUGCUGUGCGUCAUGCAGAACCACAUCGUCCAGGCCUUCGCCAACAGCGGCAACGCCAUCAAGCCCGUCUCCUUCAUCCGAGAUCUGAAAAAGAUUGCUCGGCACUUCCGCUUUGGGAACCAAGAGGACGCGCACGAGUUUCUCCGGUACACCAUCGACGCCAUGCAGAAGGCCUGCUUGAACGGCUGCGCCAAAUUGGAUCGUCAGACGCAGGCCACCACCUUGGUCCAUCAGAUUUUUGGCGGGUACCUCAGAUCACGAGUGAAGUGCUCGCUGUGCAAGAGCGUCUCGGACACGUACGACCCCUACCUGGACAUAGCGCUGGAGAUCCGGGUAUGGCCCGGGCACAGGCAAGCUGCAGAUAUUGUGCGCGCCCUGGAACUUUUUGUGACACCAGAUGUCCUGAGUGGGGAGAAUGCCUACAUGUGCGCCAGGUGCAAGAAGAAGGUUCCAGCCAGCAAGCGCUUCAGCAUCCACAGGACGUCCAACGUCCUGACCCUCUCGCUCAAGCGUUUUGCCAACUUCAGUGGCGGGAAGAUCACCAAGGAUGUUGGCUAUCCGGAAUUCCUGAAUAUCCGUCCCUACAUGUCCCAGAGCAGUGGCGAGCCUGUCACCUAUGGGCUCUAUGCCGUCCUGGUGCACUCAGGCUACAGCUGCCAUGCCGGGCACUACUACUGCUACGUGAAGGCAAGCAAUGGACAGUGGUACCAGAUGAACGACUCCCUGGUCCACUCCAGCAAUGUCAAGGUGGUCCUGAACCAGCAGGCCUACGUGCUCUUCUACCUGCGAAUCCCGGGCUCUAAGAAGAGUCCCCAGGGCCCCAUCUCCAGAGCAGCCUCCUUUCCUGGCCGCCCAAGUGUGACUCCAGAUCCUUCCAGAAAGAACUUUAGCCACAGGACUGUGGCCUCCCCGCUGCCCGGAAAGCGACCAGACUCUGUGCCGGUGAAGAAGCUGCCGGCCGCUGAGGAGCUGGGGGUGCCCGUCUCCAGGAACGGCUCCGUGCUGGGCCUGAAGAUGCAGAACGGGCACGGCCCCCCAAAGCUGCCCCCGGGGGCCCCUCCCCCCAAACUCUCCCAGACACCCACACACGUGCCCCGCGUCCUCCCUGAGCCUGCAAAGAAGGUGAAGACGCCAAGCCCCCCACAGCCCCUCUGCCCCUCCCUCAGAACUCCUCAGGGCUCACCUGGCCCCAGCAGCAAAUGCGGGGCCCCCGGGGGCCGCAGGCAGGGCUCCUGGGACGGCGGGGGCGCUGCCCUCUCUACCUCACCUAAGCUCCCGGCUGAAGCCACUGCCAACGGGCAUGGGCCGAAGAGGGGUGAUGCACACGCCGACCUCAGUGGCUCCAGCCCCGAGCACUCUGCCGACAGCGACUCCGCCACGGCGCCCCAGACCCCCAGGGGUGGAGCUGCCCGUUUCUGUGAUUCUCAGGAAACACACUGCCCAGCCGCUGGUCACUCCAAAGUGCCGCCAGGUGGGGCGGACCCCAAGGUGGCGAGGCUCCAGUCCCCGGUCCUAGGCAGCGUCACCUCCGAGCCUGCAAGCACCACGUCUCCUCCGCCAGCCAAAAAGCCCGCCCUGUCCGCCAAGAAGGCCAGCUCCCUGCGGAGGGCGACCAGCAGUGACCUCCGUUCGCCUCCGCCCUCGCCAUUCUCCGACCUCACCUACCCCCUGACAGCCACGCACCCCGCCGCGGCCUCCACCUGGCCCGUCAGUAAGCCCAGGGCUGUGUCGCCUGCUGCUCCACCGUCCAGCCGUCCAAAGCCUCCCAUCAGCCUCCACUCCGCGUCACCAUCAAGCACCAACCCCCAACCCCCAGGGACACCAGAGCCACAGAACUGCUCCUCCACCUCAGCCACCCUGCCUCAGGUCAAUGGGGGCAUCAUGUCCCCUUCAUACCAGCUGCUCCAGGCCAGCAAAGCCCCCCAGAGCUCCUCCAAAAAGAGGAAAAGGACGUGCUUGGAAGAGCCGCAGGGGCAGGGCUCAGAGGCACCGCUGUCGUGGCACCUCAGGGUGGCAGGCGCAGCACCGCGCAGGAAGAAGAAAAGGAGAAAGAGGAAGCACCUGGAGGAGGAUGCAGCAGUGCUGGCGCAGACCCAGGAGCGCGCAGCGGAGCGGCCGGCCAGCUCCCUGGGGGAAGCCACAGCACUGGUGCAGGCGAGGCAGCUGCACGGACAGGCCUGGGGCCUGCAGGGCAGGGGGGAGCACGCAGCGGAGCGGCCGGCCAGCUCCCUGGGGGAAGCCGCCUCCCAGCCCCGGGUGAAUGGCCAGCACAGCAGGAAGAGGAGGAAGAAGGGAGCAGAGGGGCCCGGCAGGGAAGACAGCCUCCCCCUGGGCCCAGGACGGCAUAGCGGCUGCUCUCCCGCCAACCGUGAUGAGCCUGAGACCAGGGCAGAGUCUCCAAGGAGAAGGAAAAAGAAGAAGAGACAGAAGGAGGUAGAAGAGAGGGAGCAUUCAACAGGACAGAGGAGCACGGGGCCCAGUGACACUGCAGUCCCUGGGCUGAGCCCUCCCCCACCACUCGUGAAUGGCCAGCUUCCUGGAGACCACGAGGGUGCAUCCCUGGGCCUGGGCCAGGCUCCUCUGGGGUGCUGGAACAGAGAGCAGAAAUCUGAUGUGGUCCAGGAAUUGCUCAGAUAUUCAUCAGAUAAAGCUUACGGGAAAAAAGUUCUGACGUGGGACGGGGAAGUGUCCGCGGUCAGCAGGGAUGCCGCCGAAGACAGCAGGCUGGCCCGGACCCAGAGUGUGGUUGACGACUGGGACGAAGAGUUUGAUCGGGGGAAGGAAAAGAAGGUAAAAAAGUUCAAGAGGGAGAAGAGAAACUUCAACGCCUUCCAGAAACUUCAGAGCAGACGGAACUUCUGGGCCGUGACGCAUCCAGCCAAGGCUACCAGCCUCAGCUAUCACCGUUGACUUCCUGCUGCCCGUGGAGGUCAGUGUGAGGGGCUGUGUGCGCCUCGCCCACAGGAGUGGGCCGCGGGCCGUGUCCCGUGACUAGCCGAGGCAGUGGUGAGGUCUCGUUCUCACUGCCGGGACUGCUGCGCCCUGCCCACCGCCUCCCAGAGACAAGGCGUCGCUCCCAGGGGCUCUCUGUCUGGGUCUAGGGAGUGGCCUUCUGCAGUGUCCGCUGUCCUGCUGCCCCGGGGGCCACUCCUGGCUCCUGGACUGGAGGCCGCAGGCUUCUGCGCAGCAGCACCUCUUCAGCAGUGUUCGAGAGAAACCCCACGUUGGUGCCAAGUGGAGCCGGCGGCCCUGCUGGACAUGGAGCGCACGGCUCAUCCUCGUGGUCACGGGUCUCCGCUGGCGUGUCCUGUGCUGCCUGGGCGGCGGCCCUGCUGGACAUGGGAGCGCACGGCUCAUCCUCGUGGUCACGGGUCUCCGCUGGCGUGUCCUGUGCUGCCUGGGCGGCGGCCCUGCUGGACAUGGAGCGCACGGCUCAUCCUCGUGGUCACGGGUCUCCGCUGGCGUGUCCUGUGCUGCCUGGGAGCCGGUGGCCCUGCUGGACAUGGGAGCGCACGGCUCAUCCUCGUGGUCACGGGUCUCCGCUGGCGUGUCCUGUGCUGCCUGGGAGCCGGCGGCCCUGCUGGACAUGGGAGCACACGGCUCAUCCUCGUGGUCACGGGUCUCCGCUGGCGUGUUCCGUGCUGCCUGGGAGCCGGCGGCCCUGCUCCUCGUCCUGCACCGUCCCCACCCCAGUCCCUCUGUGGGGCCUUGGUGUCUUCCUGCCUUACCCGUCUGCCCUGAGGAAGGAAGAGCCCGGGGCCUCCCAUACUGCUGCUCCCCUCUGCAGCGGGGGCGGUCCUUCCCGCCUUCCUGCUGGAGGGCAAAUGGCCACUGGCGGGGGAGCGCGUGCGAUGUGGACUCCUCCGCUUGGGAGGCUCCGUGUGUCCCGAGGUGGCUUUGCUGUAGCUCCCCCUGCAGCCGCAGGGAGCCAUGGCCCUUACCAAGGCAGUGGUCUGGAGUGGACCUGCCGUCGAUUUUACUCCUUAAUGUAAACACUUCUUUCUGACCAGCCUGUGGCUUCCGUUAGCAAUAUGUUUUCUUUCCCUAAUAUGCAAAUACUGGCUUUGUUUGCUCAGUUUCGUGAGUGCUUCUGAAUUAGAUGGUUAUGUCACUCAAGACGAUUGCUUUUUUGUCUUGCUCAAGCUGUGCCUGCAAACUAGUAAUUUAAUAAAUAGGGCACAUCCUCAGUCAAGGGGAGAUUUUCAAGAAAACACCGUGACCUAGGGGUCGGAGGCGUGGAAGUAAACCUCCGAAUUGCCUUUCCUGGCCCGCGGCUCCUCGUCCUGUCCUCGUGGGCUCCGGGACGCAGUGGGCGCCAGGCGUGGUGGAGGCCACUGGCGGAGGCCCUGGCUGGCACUGGCAGGGAGGAAGGUUGCCUUUGACUUGGGGAGAGGCCCUCGUUCGUUCCUGAGAGCGCUUCCUUCUGGACUUCCCCUCCUCCACCGCAGUGCGAGCCGAGCUGGUGUGAGCUGGGCCGGCCGGGCUGCGUCUCCCCGGGAGGUGCCCCGCAGGCAGGCGCAGCAUCGGGCUUUCCUUCGCGCCUCCAGCCCUCCCCCCCUCUACCAGGUUGCCUUGUGAAGCCUCCUGAGCCACACGUAUCUGUUGUUCCUCUGUGGGUGGGGCGCGCCCCUUCCUUCCACAGCACAGCACAGAUCGCAGAGGGUAAGGCAGAGGCCCAGAGGGCGACUCCAAGUUCAGGUCACACAGAGAGGAUCAAGCUGUGUGAGUAACUGCAGCUUUUCUAACACCAGGCCCUUGGUCGGCUUGGGAGCCGCGUUCGCUUUAGCUGUGUGCUGGAGGUGGGCGGGGCUGCCCUGUGUGGGCUCUGCCCUGUGUGGGCUCCGCCCUGAGGAGCCCUGGCCGCCUGGUUGCCCGGCUGCACCUGGGUGUGUGAGAGGGUGCACUCCCGUCCUGCGGCACCUCACCCCAUAUUGUUGCCAAUAUUGUGGUGCAAUAAAGAAUGCAUUU